CUCCCCUUUGUCCUUUGCAAGCUUUAAACGCUCUGAUCCUUAAGCAUACUUCAUCUUAUUUCAGUCUUUCAGCCACCCACCUUUAUCAAGAAAUGGGAGGCUGCGCGAGCAAGCCCCAAGACUUUGACAUCCUUAAGGUGUCAAUCCCUACCGAAGAUGUUGUUGCCCCUGAGAAGGCCGAGGGCGAGACUGUUGCUCAAGGGACCAACAAUGUAGAUGAGAUGCAGAACGAAGCACCUUUGAUAGACCUCUCCAAGGAUGAGGAUGAAAACUCAUCCUCUGAACAAAAGACUAUUGUUGAAGCAACACCAGUUUCUGUGGAGUCACAUGAAGAAACUACCAAGAUAGUAGAAGAUAAAGUUGAAAACCCUAUAGAUGAAUUGAAAGGCGUCAAGGUUGAGGCUCAUAAUGAGACUAAAGAGCCAGCAAAGGAAGAGCAAGCUGAGGCCAAGAUUGACAAAUCAGAUGUUUCCCCACUCUCUAAAGAUAAAAGUACUGAUGCACCUCUAAUUGCUACUACAUGACAACACCUCAAAGCUAACAAAAGCAAUAAAGCUAGACAUGCAUAAGUUGCCACCAAACUUUAUCAUGAUUAUGAUGAUUGUUUGGAUGUUUAAGCCUGGUUUGUUGGGAGUGAUGCAAGGACAUGAAAUCGACGAUUAUUUUUUAUCGUUUAGAUAAUGUAUUUAUUCUUCGUAAUUUGUUGUUUCUACUAAUCCAUGUAUCUAGUUUUAGAAAUCAAAUAUGUUAUGCAAAAAUAUUUGGACAAUUACCAA